UCACAGCUACUAGCCAGUCAGACAAGAUCCUCUCUAGUGUCCAUGAAGAAGAAGAAACCUAAAUAUUCUCUUUUGAUCUUCCUCAUUAAAUUCUUCCCAAACACAUAAUGGAAGGAGAAGAAGUUGAAGAAAUCUCCCAAUACAAACCAAAAUUCAUCAAUUCAAGAAAAAAGAUCAGUUUAAAUUCUUGUUAGCAUGCCUCUGUUUUCUUCAUUGUAUCCUCAAUUAAGGCUUCCACAUUUCAAGGCUGCAUUGGAGUUUGGCUCUACGUCUCCUCCGAGUUUGUUCAUAAAGAAUUCACAGCAGCCCAAGUGCUCGAAUUCCCUGUUCCCUCCAGCAAACCAGAGUGUUGCAGCGAUUGUGUUUGGAGAUGGAUCAUCGCAUUCAAGGCUCUACCCGUUGACAAAGAGAAGAUCAGAAGCCGCUAUUCCUAUAGCUGGAAACUAUAGACUAAUCGAUGCCGUUGUGAGCAACUGCAUUAACAGCGACAUAACGAAGAUAUAUGCACUCACACAGUUCAACUCCACCUCUCUGAACUCUCACCUUGCAAGAGCUUAUUCCGGAGCACGUCUCUUAAAGGAGGGAUUUGUUGAGGUUAUUGCAGCAUAUCAGAGCCCGGAAGACAAUGGCUGGUUUCAGGGAACUGCAGAUGCUAUUAGGAGGUGUUUGUGGGUGCUGGAAGAGCAUCCAGUUAUCGAGUUCUUGGUUCUUCCCGGCCACCACCUUUAUAAAAUGGAUUACCAGAGAAUUGUAGACGCCCACCGGCAAAGCAAAGCUGAUAUUACCGUCUCAGUGUUUAGUAAAACAAAGGAUGAGGACUUAGGAUUUGGGAUAUUCAAACUAAAUGCUGAAAAUCAAGUUCUUGAGUUUAGAGACAAUCCAGAAACAACCGGCGUUCUGAAGUCCAUAUCAGUGGAGAACUUUGAUGAAAAUGUGAAGUAUAAUUUUCCCAGCAUGGGGAUCUAUGUUAUUAACAGAGAUAUCAUGAUAAAGCUCCUGACAGAGCAUUUUCCCACUGCAAAUGACUUGAAAAGUCAAGUAAUUCCAGGUGCAAUUUCUCUUGGAAUGAAGGUUCAGGCUUAUCAAUUUGAUGGAUAUUGGGAGGAUAUGGGAAGCGUAGCAGCUUACUAUCGCGCAAAUAUGGAAACCAUUCGUAGGACAAACAAAGCAUACAACUUCUACGAUAGAGCUUCUCCUAUGUACACAUUGCCCCGUCAUUUGCCUCCAAGUCUUGUAACUGAUGCUGUCAUAACAGAUUCCGUCAUUGGAGAUGGUUGCAUUCUAUGCAAAUGCAGAAUAAGAGGAACAGUAGUCGGUAUGAGGACAAGGAUAGGCGACGAUGCUGUGAUUGAGGAUUCGGUCAUUUUGGGUUCUGAUUCCUAUCAUCAUAAUGGUAUUAGUGAAGGGGAAGCCACCAGCAUACCUGUCGGGAUCGGGGAAGGCUCACACAUAAGGCAAGCUAUAAUUGACAAGAAUGCAAGAAUUGGCAAGAAUGUCAUGAUUAUAAACAAGGACAGUGUCCAAGAAGGGAACAUGGAAGCAAAUGGUUAUAUCAUAUCAGGAGGAAUAGUUGUUGUCAUAAGGAAUGCAGUGAUCCCAGAUGGCAGCAUCCUCUGAAAAUUUGCUGUUCUCGUAAGUUAAAAGAUGUAGAGAUGAUUCUUUCACUUUUAGCAGCUGCAGAAUAAUCAAGGGAUUAAAAAGAAAUAACACUUUUCAAUUCACUACGUUAAGCCUUUCAGUGAUCUUUUUUGCUACUGAGUUCACAUUUCAAUUCAAAGAUCAGAAUCAGAUCUUUAUGAAAAGAGUCUGUUUCCCUUGAUGGGAUGUGGAUUUAUAUUCAAAUAAGGCCUGUUUA